AUGGAAGUUCAACAACAUGAAGCACUUUCUGAAAACAAUGAGGCGAAACCUGAUGAGCUUUCUUGUAAGAAAAGUAAUACCAUGCAAAUUUAUAGACAAGAUGUUGUGAAGAAUAAAAGUAGUGGGAUAAUUGGGAUUGUGACGGAAGUUAAUGGUGAUUCAGAUUCAGAUUCGGAUUCAGAUAGCGGAGUCACUGACGAUGAGGAUGAUAGUGAGGAUGAGGAUGGUGAUGUUGAGGAGGGUGAUGAAAGUAAUAAUGGUCGCAGAAGUUCUGAUAGGAAUGAUGCUUCUGUGCAUGGUAAAACUGCCGCGCUUCAGGCUAACGAGAUACGUGUACUCUGGAAGGAUGAAUCUGAGUCCACUCAGAAUUUCAGUGAGGUAGAAGUUAUUGAUCGUGGGUUUUUACAUGGUGAUUUUGUAGCUGCUGCCUCUGAUCCUACUGGGCAAGUGGGUGUUGUGGUUGAUGUCAAUAUAUCUGUGGAUUUGUUGGCCCAUGAUGGAUCUGUAGUAAAAGAGGUCUCAUCAAAAGACUUAAAGCGUAUUAGAGAUUUCACCGUUGGUGAUUAUGUGGUGCUCGGGCCUUGGUUAGGAAGAAUUGAUGAUGUUUUGGAUAAUGUGACUGUCUUAUUUGAUGACGGCUCAGUUUGUAAAGUCUCCAAAGCAGAUCCAAUGAAUCUUAAACCCAUUUCAAAGAAUAUUCUUGAAGAUGGGCAUUUCCCUUACUACCCCGGGCAACGUGUAAGGGCCAAGUCUUCAUCAAUCUUCAAGAUGGCUAGAUGGCUGUCUGGCUUGUGGAAAGCAAACAGGUUAGAAGGCACUGUCACCAAUGUUACAGUUGGAUCAGUGUUUGUUUAUUGGAUAGCAUCUGCAGGUUACGGGCCAUUUUCUUCUACUGCCCCAGCUGAGGAGCAGAGUCCAAAAAACUUAAAAUUGUUGUCUUGUUUUGCUCAUGCAAAUUGGCAAUUGGGUGACUGGUGUCUAUUACCCUCAUCUGUGCUGUCAUCCUCUGCUUCCGUAUACAAAAGCAAAUCAAAAUCGGAACAUAAUGUCUCUGUUAACAUUGAAUUAGAUUCUAAUCAAACAGAAAGCGGGUGUGAUUCAGAAGAAGCUACAGUUGAGGAAUCACAUGGGAAUAAGGAUGCUAUGGACCUUGACUCAGCAGGUGCUUUGAUAGGGAAUGGUGGAGAUGAUAGAAAUAAUCCUUCACACGAAUCUAGCUCAUGCGGUAGUUCUAUCUCAGUAUCAAAGGACCCUGUCCAUGAAGCUUGGCCUCUUCAUCGCAAGAAAAUAAGGAAAGUUGUCAUCAGGAAAGAUAAAAGAGCCCGGAAGAAAGAGGAAAGCUUUGAAAAAGCCCUUAUGAUUGCCAACACUAGGACAAGAGUUGAUGUUUCUUGGCAGGAUGGAACGAUAGAGCGUGAACUAGAUUCUACAAGUUUAAUUCCUAUUGAAAAUCCGGGUGAUCAUGAAUUUGUUUCAGAACAAUAUGUUGUAGAGAAAACCUCUGAUGUUGGUGAGGAUAAUUGUGAAACUAGUCGAGUUGGGGUGGUUAGGAGUCUUAAUGCCAAGGAGCGGACGGCUUGUGUGAGGUGGAUAAAACCAGCUGCCAAGGUAGAUGAUCCCCGAGAAUUUGACAAAGAGGAAAUUGUAAGUGUAUAUGAGCUAGAGGGCCAUCCAGAUUAUGAUUACUGCUAUGGGGAUGUGGUUGUUAGACUAUCACCUGUGUCUGUCGGUGUAGAAGCUUCUGUUGGAGCGUCAACUGAGAAAUCAAAGCUGGAGAAUGAGAAGAGUGGAAUUAUAAAGGUAGUGUCAACCCAGUCAACCCGAACAGGAACUUUAUCUGGCGAAACUGAUGUGGAGUUCUCAGACCUCUCUUGGGUUGGAAAUAUAACUGGCCUUAAGAGUGGUGAUAUUGAAGUUACUUGGGCUGAUGGGAUGAUAUCGACGGUUGGGCCUCAAGCAAUUUAUGUGGUUGGUAGAGAUGAUGAUGAUGAGUCAAUUGCUGCAGGGAGUGACAUAAGUGAUGCUGCAAGUUGGGAAACCGUCAAUGAUGAUGAAAUGGAAGUCCUAGAGGAAUCAAGAGAGGAUGUAAAUAGGGAAAAUUCAAGCAACGUCACUUCUGAAGCAGAUGAGAAUGGGGAGAGAGACUUGAGUAGGACUGCAGCACUUUCUGUCCCGCUGGCAGCAAUUCGAUUUGUCACUAGACUUGCCUCUGGAAUAUUCUCCAGGGGACAAAGGAGCUUAAAUCAUGUUCACACGCCGCCAAAUCGUGAAAUUGAAUGUCUGUCACCUGUUAAUGUUUGUGAGACCAGCUCUCAUGGAUGUAUUGCCAUUGAAGGUGGUGACAAUUCAGGCAGAAAGAGUUUUAAAAUUGAGGAGUCUGUUAUUCCAAGAGGAUCUGAAAAUGUGGAAGCAUCUGAGACACUGUGCAGCUUGAAGAAUGAAGAUGCUCCUGCAAGUUGUGACGAUGAUGCUUGCAGUUUGAAACAUUUUGACAUGGUUACAGAUCCGUUAGACCACUAUUAUAUUGGUGCAAAUGGACAGAGGAACAACCGAAAAUGGUAUAAGAAGGUGCAGCAAGAUUGGGGAAUACUACAAAAUAACCUUCCUGAGGAAAUUUUUGUACGGGUUUAUGAAGAUAGAAUGGAUCUUUUGAGGGCAGUAAUUGUAGGGCCAUUUGGGACCCCUUACCAAGAUGGACUGUUUUUCUUUGAUUUUCACCUUCCGCCAGAAUAUCCUGAUGUUCCACCGUCGGCUUACUAUCAUUCAGGUGGUUGGCGGAUUAACCCUAAUUUGUACGAGGAGGGGAAGGUUUGCCUUAGCCUUCUCAAUACAUGGACAGGCAGAGGAAAUGAAGUAUGGGAUCCAAAAUCUUCUAGCAUCCUUCAAGUUCUAGUUUCACUACAAGGGCUAGUACUCAACUCGAAGCCUUACUUCAAUGAAGCUGGAUACGAUAAGCAAACUGGGACAGCCGAAGGAGAGAAGAAUUCAUUGUCAUACAAUGAGAAUACGUUUUUACUGAACUGCAAGACCAUGAUGUAUCUUAUAAGGAAGCCUCCCAAGGAUUUUGAAGUACUUAUUAAAGAACAUUUUAAGAGGCGUGGUCAUUACAUACUCAAAGCUUGUGAUGCAUACAUGAAAGGUUACUUGAUUGGUUCGUUGAACAGAGAUGCUUCAGUGAGUAAUAAUAGCAGUCCGAAUUCAACCUCGGUUGGUUUCAAGCUGAUGUUAGCCAAGAUAGUGCCGAAACUUUACUUGUCACUUAGUGAGGUUGGGGCUGAUUGCGAGGAAUUUAAGCACUUGAAAGAGUUGUAA